AAUAAUACAACAACUCAACAAUGUAAUGGAAAUGGUUGGAUUAUGCAGACCCGAGAUACUAUCAAGGAGAUUUUAAAACAUCCGGGACCAUAUCCACAAAUUGUUCUACCAGCCGGUGGUGGUUAUUGGUUGGAUGGUGUAAGUAAUUGUACAAUUAAUAUCGAUGAUGAAGUUGUUGGAUGUUGUCCAGCUACCAGUAGUUGUGCUCGAACAAAAUUAGAAACUGAUGACACGUCGCAUUGCUAUAGGCGGCAUUUUAUCGGCAGGGAGCAUCAUGAUUUCUAUGCAAUUGACAACAAACUAGGACCAUUGGUGUUGUCAGCACGGACGGAACUAAUCUCUUCGCAGGAGCAUUUUAGGAUUAUGUUACGAACCGGACAUGGAACUGUACAUGAAAUUGUUCCUGCUUCUGCUUUAGCAGAUCGACCAACUGCAAGUCGAAUGGCACGGUUGUUGUGUGAUGAAGUAACAACGGAUCGAUUUAUUCCAGUAGCUUUUCCGGGCGGUACCGAAAUGAUUUUAAAAUAUGAUGAGCAUGUUCUGACUAAUACUUACAAAUUUGGGGUUAUUUAUCAACGAUUCGGACAGACUACCGAAGAAGAGCUUUUCGGAAAUGCUACAUUUUCAAAUGCUUUCGAUGAAUUUUUAAAUAUUAUUGGUGAACGAAUAGAACUCAGGGAUUUCAAGGGUUAUCGUGGUGGACUGGAUACGCAGCAUGGCCAAACAGGCAUCGAAUCAGUUUAUUGUCAAUUUCGACAACGCGAAAUUAUGUUUCAUAUAUCUACCAUGUUACCGUAUACAGUUGGUGAUGCUCAACAAUUACAGCGAAAACGACAUAUUGGAAAUGAUAUUGUUGCGAUCGUUUUCCAGGAACAGAAUACGCCAUUUUCUGCUGAUAUGAUAGCGAGUAAUUUUUUACAUGCAUUUAUUGUAAUUCAGCCAAUUGAUCCAUGCACUGAAAAAGCUCGCUAUCGUGUAUCUGUAACAGCACGCGAUGAUGUCCCAUUUUUUGGACCAACUCUACCGGCACCAUCCAUUUUUCGGAAAGGUCAAGAAUUCCGCAAUUUUCUGCUCACCAAAUUAAUCAAUGCUGAAAAUGCUGCAUAUAAAUCAACGAAAUUUGCUAAACUUGCCGAGCGAACACGUUCGUCAUUAUUAGAAGCACUUUAUGGAAAUUUAAAAGAACGAGCACAAUUUUAUGGUUUACCAUUAUUGGAAACAACAGACAGUAUUUCACAUCCAAUAGGGAUCUUUCAUUCUGUUAAAAAAGCAUUAACCGGAAGGUCACGAUCAGUAUCGCAAGAUGUGACAGCAUCUUCAUCGGUACGAAAUCCAGUAGUUACUACCUUAAAUAGUCCAAAAAAUGCUGAUCGAAAAUCAUUCAGUUGUGGUGAAUCAAUUUCCAGAAACUCCACAACAUCAGUCAGCGGAAUUGGAAGUAGCAAUCAGCAACGGAUUUCUUCUAAUGAAUUUAAAAAAUCGUUGCAAGAGUAUCAUAAUGAAACGGAUGAAGCAUACGGUAGCCGUGGUGACAGUUCAUCCGGAUUCUUCCUAUCGAUUCAGUCUCAAAAUACUCCGUUGAAAACUAACGAUUUAUGCAAGCGCAAUCAUGGAGAAUGGGAUUUGUCAAGUGGUGAGAAUGAAAGCACUGAAAUGGGACAUGAUUCGGAUACCGGAUUGGAAUCAUUAUCAUCUACUGAAGUAGUACAUUCAAAUCGUGUAUCGUGUAGUUUUUGUGUUGAUCGUCAAGUACCUUUACGAGAGGAAGAAGUAAAACGUCUUAAUGAACUUCUGAAUGAUGUAGAAAAAUUACGAACAGAACGAAUGGUUUUAAUGCGUCAAAAUUUCACUUGUAAAACAGAUAUCAAAAAAUUAAAAGAACGACAAUCAAUCUUAGUUGGUGAUUUGGAUAAAGCAAAUGAUGAAAUUGCAAGAUUACGUAAGAUAUUACGUCGAUCAUUGCCAAAUGAAAAUUACAACGGAAUUCAUCAAUCGAAUCUUACAGAUCAUACAUCCACUACUACUACUACCUAA